CACUGCUCUAUUUAGUUUGUGGUGUGGGUGGACUGCUCUCUGCCGCUGUCAGUGCAUGUCGCGAUGUUAUCCAUGUUAAAUCAAUUUAUAUCAAAGGAUUCGGGUAAUUUUAUGACAAAAAAGGUUUAAAGUAUUAACGCUACUGAUUGUAUUGUUGUUUAAAGUUUUAUAGUGUUUGAUAUACCAUUAUAAAAGUACAAGUAGCAUAAUAGGUAUUCAUGGAAUCUAUAUCUACUUCACUGGGUGUGUUUAAAUAUUGGGGUUUAUUUGCAAACAUCUAAGUUUACCCUCGUUAAAAAUAUAAGUGAGGUUGAAAAAAGUGAGAUGAAGGUGCUGUCGUGAGUGGAAAGUGUUGUUGUGUAGUGCAAGAUGAAGGAAGAUAAUGCGAGGCGAACUGCGGCGGCGGUUUUUUUUGCGGUGGCACUAUCGUGCCACAGGCCAGCCGUCGCCGAAAACAUUUUGCAAGACAUGAGCAACGAGCUAUCGACGAAUAUAACCGAACUACUGGAAAGCUCUGAUGCGUUUGUCUUCGGCAAUGCCACUCCUGUAUUUCGAUCUGGUCAACCGGUUGGCAUACCCUUCAACCCUCGCGGUAUGGGGAUGCUAUACAACGUAACGCCAGUGGUGAUAGAUGCAUUUGUGAAGAAAGAUGACUUCCUUCCAGACGGGUUAGUGCAAGUGGAAGAUGGGCACAUCGAGUUCAACGACAAGGUCGGCUGGCGCACCCUGGUGCCUCACUUCGGGGGGCCCAUCACCUUCGUCAUCUUCUUCACCAUCGUAGCUCUGCUGCUGCCUAUCACCGGGUUGUUCUGGUGCUGCUGCCACAUGUGCCGCAUCGGCCGCCGCCGGCGUCCCUUCGACCGCAAGCACGAUUCCUGUCUCCGCGGACUUUUGGCCAUACUGCUCAUCGCUCUGUUGACCUUGUUCUUAUUCGGCGUGGUCUGCACAUUCGCGACCGAGCAGCAAGUGGAAGAAGGUAUCGGGAACCUUCCCCGGGGCAUCCACAACAGUUCCGGGCAGGUCAGGACCUUGCUCAACGAGACGGCAACGGGCAUCCACCAGCGCGUCACCAAGUACUCCGACUACAGUAAGGGUGGGCUGUCGAAAGUUUUCCAAGCGCUGAACAGCAUGAUCCCGCGGCAGCUGGAGGCGAUGUCGCACAUGACGGCGCUGCCGGCGCUGGCGCACAUGGUGGGCCGCCUGGACGCCGUGCAGCGCGCGCUGCGCGACGUGCAGGCCACCACCUCCACGCUGAGGUUCCAGGCGGGGCAGCUCAAUGCUGGUCUCCGAAAAGUGAAGCGCAACUUGUUGCAGACACUGGCGACGUGCGACAUGCCGGCGUGCGUCAAUCUUCAGAGGAAACAUCGCAUCGGGGAACUCAAUACCGACAUACAGUACAGCCAGAUGCCUGAUGUAACGGACCUACUGAACAAUGUGACCGCAUUGAUUGACGGAAACAUCAAGGAGGAGGUGGCUGAUGGACAGCGAGUGUUUACAGACAUACAGACAGGCAUACAGCGGUCUGUGGACGAGCAGCUGCCGAGGAUGCAGCGAGCCAUGUCUGUUAUUGCGAACAAACUGGACAUGAUAGCGAACGAAGUCCUGAAGCAGGUGUCUGCGGCGGACAAGAAGAUCGGCGACAUGGAGCGGCUGGCCGGCGAGCACGUGCGGCGCGCCCACGCGGAGUACGGCCCUUACAGGAGAUACGCUGGCUUGGGCGUCGCCGUCUCAUUGCUUUUGAUCACGGUGCUGGUGUCGUGGGGGCUGGUGUGCGGCGUGUGCGGCAAGCGGCCCGACGCGUACGCCGCCUCCGACUGCUGCAACAAGGGCGCCGGCGCACGCGGCCUCUACUGCGGCAUGGUGCUAAUAUUCUUGGUGGGCGGCAUAUUCUGCUUGUUCACCGUCGUGUACUUCGUGGUGGGCGUACUGCUACAGCGCGCCAUCUGUGAUCCCGUGCAUAACCCACAAGGCAACUCGCUGUUCACGUUAGUGGACAAGUUCGCCAACAUCGAGGAGGCCAUAUUCCAGAACAAAGCUAAUUCCAGCUCUGAUUUCAACGUCAGCACAUUGAUCGUUAGGUGUCAUCGCAACGAGACUUUGUACGAGAUGUUCCACGUGACCCGGCUAAUCCAAGCUAAGGCGACCCGCAGUCAGAUCGAGAGCGAGCUGAGUUUGCGCAGCGCGGAGCUGCAGCCCAGCUUCCCCACGGCCAGGAUCGUGAUCCUGCGCGACAGCGCCAAGCGCAAGCUGAGGAUGCUGGCCGACUCUGGACUCUCCGACUUUGAUCACGACCGGAUCCUGUCGGCGCUGGAGACCAACAUGACGUCGCUGGAGCUGCCGAGCCUGGCGCGCACGCUGCAGCGCACGGCCGACGGGGUGGACGAGCGCGGCUACGGCGGCGUGCCGCAGCAGCUGCGGGACGCCGCGCGGCAGCUGCUGGAGCUGCAGCGCGACAUCGUCACGCCCAUGCUGCGGCACUCGCACGCUCUCAACGAAACCGCCCACCAACUGCGGGAUUCCCUCCGCUUCAACCACACGUCCCUUCGAGCUGCUGUGACAGAGCUGCUGGAACAAACUGCCCAAGCUGAGGAGUUCCUCAAUGAGAAGGGCGAGGACACUGUGCGACAGCUGGUGACCACAGUGACGAAAGUCCUGACCGUGAAGAUGUUGAAGAUGUUCGACAGCAUGGUGGAUAAGGAGCUCCUUGGUCGAUGUGGACCGUUUUCUGCGGCCUACAACAACACCGCUAAUAUAGUCUGCAGGGACCUGCUUUAUCCUAUUCACGGGUUCUGGCUGUCGGUGGGCUACUGCGCGCUGCUGCUGGUGCCGCUGCUGGCCGUGUGCGGGCGGCUGGCGCGGCUCUACCUGCGGGCGGAGCCCUACCCGGGGCCGCUCGUCGAGGCCGAAUAUUUGUAUGACGCGUACGCGGACCGCGAUAACGUACCCCUUGCCAACGCCUAUAAGAUGGACAAGCGAUACAUGCGAGGGCGAGGCGGCGGCGCGGCGUGCGGCGGGCCGGGGCCGUGCGCGGGCGCGCUGCGCGGCGCCGAGGCCGUGGCGCCGCCCCUCGACGCACACCACGCGCGCAGAUAUAAUGAUAUGGCGCCAAAGCACUGGGAAGAAGGCCCCCCCCGCUACCACGGACCAGCUACUGAGUACGAGCGACCGCCACCGUACUACUAUCCCGGACCAAAUGAUAGACAGUAAAUUGGCGCUCACGGAGUUAGACGAAGACCUGCUGAAGUACUGAGGCCGCCCGUGAUGUUGCGUCUAACACGACGCGUAGCAAUGCGCGCUACAUUGCAUUAUUCCGAAGUCCCCGAGCAAUGGACGCGAAAUAGUCUGCCUAAUAGUGUAGAAAAUAUUGCGGAUAUAUUUUGUAUGAACGUUUGAAGCGUGUGGAAAAACGCGCGUGCGCGGAGCGGCGAGGUCUCGAGUUGUGAAUACUAUGGAAAAAUAUCUAACCUAGA